CGGUCCGGGUAAAGGCUGCUGAGGUAUGCUGCAUGGUCUGUGUCGGGCCGGGACAGCUUUCUGAGGGCGAGUCACCGGGUCAAGAGGCGAGCACCGGCGUGUAGACUCAGAAGUCUAGAGUCUAGUGGUAAGAUCGGAACAACAACCAGGAACUUGAAUACGAUCUAACCUCUGUUUCCGAGGGGGUAACUUCAACGGGGAACCCCUCUGCCCUGGUAACGGCCAAAGAGGAGAUGGCGCCAGUCAGGGAGCGGCCGUGGCCGACAAAGUGAGGAAGCGCGAAGGCGGAGCAGCCGGAGAAGCCUCGGGAGAAAACACCAGAGCCAUCGCUGCCGCCACCGCCGCUACCACCAUGGAAGGAGCAAAGCCGACAUUGCAGCUCGUGUACCAGGCAGUGCAGGCGCUCUACCACGACCCAGAUCCCAGCGGAAAGGAGCGCGCCUCGUUCUGGCUUGGGGAGCUGCAGCGUUCGCCCCUGGCAACCACCAUUCUGCUUUUUGUCUCCAUGAACUUGACUACUCUAGGUUCAUGCAUGGGAGAUUUCAGACCAGUUGUUACAGAUCCGGCAAGAUGUGGAAUCAUGCUAUUUUGCUGCACAGACCAUGAAAAUGAAGAUUCAGACCUCAUUUUAUGAGCUCCCCACAGACUCUCAUGCCUCUUUACGGGACUCAUUACUAACCCAUAUCCAGAACUUGAAAGACUUGUCACCUGUCAUUGUAACUCAGCUGGCUUUAGCAAUAGCAGACCUUGCUCUACAGAUGCCUUCCUGGAAGGGAUGUGUACAAACAUUGGUAGAAAAAUAUAGCAAUGAUGUAACUUCUCUGCCUUUUCUGCUGGAGAUCCUUACAGUGUUACCUGAAGAAGUACAUAGUCGUUCCUUACGAAUUGGAGCUAACCGGCGCACAGAAAUUAUAGAAGAUUUGGCCUUCUAUUCUAGUACAGUGGUAUCUCUAUUGAUGACUUGUGUAGAAAAAGCAGGAACAGAUGAGAAAAUGCUUAUGAAGGUCUUUCGCUGUUUGGGAAGUUGGUUUAACUUAGGAGUUUUGGACAGUAACUUCAUGGCUAACAAUAAGUUACUAGCACUCCUUUUUGAGGUUUUGCAACAGGAUAAGACCUCAUCCAACCUACAUGAAGCUGCUUCAGACUGCGUAUGCUCAGCUCUGUACGCCAUUGAGAAUGUGGAAACCAACUUGCCAUUAGCCAUGCAACUUUUUCAAGGAGUCCUGACAUUGGAGACUGCCUAUCAUAUGGCUGUGGCACGUGAAGAUUUAGACAAAGUUCUGAAUUACUGCCGUAUUUUCACUGAACUGUGUGAAACUUUCCUUGAAAAAAUUGUUUGUACUCCAGGCCAAGGCCUUGGGGACCUACGAACUCUAGAACUGCUUCUUAUCUGUGCAGGACACCCUCAAUAUGAGGUAGUAGAAAUUUCCUUUAACUUUUGGUACCGACUAGGGGAGCAUUUAUACAAAACUAAUGAUGAAGUUAUUCAUGGCAUCUUCAAAGCUUACAUUCAAAGGCUGCUUCAUGCCUUGGCUCGCCACUGCCAGCUGGAACCAGACCAUGAGGGGGUUCCUGAGGAGACUGAUGACUUUGGGGAGUUUCGGAUGAGGGUGUCAGACCUGGUGAAGGACUUGAUUUUCUUGAUUGGGUCUAUGGAGUGUUUUGCUCAGUUAUAUUCUACUCUGAAAGAAGGCAACCCACCCUGGGAGGUGACAGAAGCGGUUCUCUUUAUCAUGGCUGCUAUAGCAAAGAGUGUUGAUCCGGAGAACAAUCCAACACUUGUGGAGGUCCUAGAAGGAGUUGUCCGUCUCCCAGAGACCGUACAUACAGCUGUGCGAUACACCAGCAUUGAAUUGGUUGGAGAGAUGAGCGAAGUGGUUGAUCGAAAUCCUCAGUUCCUUGACCCUGUGUUGGGCUAUUUGAUGAAAGGACUGUGUGAAAAACCUCUGGCUUCUGCUGCAGCCAAAGCCAUUCAUAACAUUUGCUCUGUCUGCCGAGACCACAUGGCUCAGCACUUUCAUGGACUCCUAGAGAUUGCCCGUUCCCUUGAUUCCUUCAUGUUGUCUCCAGAGGCUGCUGUGGGCUUGCUAAAAGGGACAGCACUUGUCCUAGCCAGAUUACCUUUGGAUAAGAUUACUGAAUGUCUUAGUGAACUAUGUUCUGUUCAGGUUAUGGCAUUGAAAAAGCUGUUGUCUCAGGAGCCCAGCAACGGCAUAUCCUCAGAUCCCACUGUGUUCUUAGAUCGCCUUGCAGUGAUAUUUAGACACACCAAUCCCAUUGUGGAAAAUGGACAGACUCAUCCGUGCCAAAAAGUCAUACAGGAAAUAUGGCCAGUUUUAUCUGAGACUCUAAAUAAGCACCGGGCUGAUAAUCGGAUUGUAGAACGUUGUUGCAGAUGCCUCCGUUUUGCUGUUCGCUGUGUAGGCAAAGGAUCUGCAGCCCUGCUGCAGCCACUAGUCACACAGAUGGUGAAUGUUUACCAUGUACAUCAGCAUUCCUGUUUCCUGUACCUUGGUAGUAUCCUUGUGGAUGAGUAUGGCAUGGAAGAGGGCUGUCGGCAGGGACUACUAGACAUGCUCCAGGCACUGUGCAUGCCCACCUUUCAGCUCUUAGAACAGCAGAAUGGGCUCCAGAAUCACCCUGACACUGUGGACGACCUAUUCAGGCUAGCCACCAGGUUUAUUCAGCGUAGCCCUGUUACCUUGCUGAGGAGCCAGGUUGUCAUCCCUAUCUUACAAUGGGCCAUUGCCUCUACUACCCUGGACCACCGGGAUGCCAACUGUAGUGUCAUGAGGUUCCUACGAGACCUCAUCCACACAGGGGUAGCCAAUGAUCAUGAAGAAGACUUUGAAUUACGGAAAGAACUGAUUGGACAGGUGAUGAACCAGCUUGGACAGCAACUUGUAAGCCAGCUGCUUCACACGUGCUGCUUCUGUCUCCCCCCAUACACCCUACCAGAUGUGGCCGAAGUGCUCUGGGAGAUCAUGCAGGUUGACAGACCGACUUUUUGUCGAUGGUUAGAGAAUUCCUUGAAAGGUUUGCCAAAGGAGACAACCGUGGGAGCUGUCACAGUGACACACAAACAACUUACAGAUUUCCACAAACAAGUCACUAGUGCUGAGGAAUGUAAACAAGUUUGCUGGGCCUUGCGAGACUUCACCAGGUUGUUUCGAUAGCUCAUACUCCUGCACUGUGCCUGUCACCCAGGAAUGUCUUUUUUAAUUAGAAGACAGGAAGAAAACAAAAAUCAGACUGUGUCCCACAAUCAGAAACCUCCAUUGUGGCAGAGGGGCCUUCACCGCCACCAGGGCCUCCCGCCAGACAGGGAGAGACUCCAGCCUUCCAAGGCCAUCCUGAGGAGUUCCUGUUUGGGGGUGUGAGGGAAAAUCAGCGCGGUUUAAAAAAGAUGGCUGCGGCCUGUGCAGCGUGGUGGGAGGUGAGCUGGUUUCCUGGUGAACUUGUUUCUAAAAGGAAAAAUAAUUUUAAAGAAAUAAAAAAGAAAAAAAAAAAGGAAAACUAAACUGAAAUCAGAACUGAAACAUUCUCCUGGUAGCAAAUGACAUGCACACAUACGUACACGUACCUACACACACACGCACACACACACAUGCUAACAUGCAUGUGUGCACACAGAAAAAUAAAAGUACAAAACUUUCUGUGAAACAAAAACAUUUACUUAGGGAAGGUGGGAAUUCAAAUGAAUUAAAUAACUGCAAUUGGAAGGAAAGGGUCAGGAUCAUAUCUUAAGGUUUUCUGCUGUUUUGUCCUUUCCUUCUCUCCCACCCUCUCUUCUUUCCCUUUCCCCCUCCCCCUCCUCUUUUAAUGAAAGUUAGUAGAAAUUUUUCCUACUGUCCCAACUGUUUUCUUCUCACCUUUAGAAUUCUUCAGACAAGGAGAAAUAAGCAAGGAGCCUGUUCUGUUUUAUAUCAUGGUCAUAUCAAUGAUACUAGGACCUGCCAGGGCCAAAAUUCAUGUAUAUCCCCAUCCUGACCCUAUUCAGUCUCUUAAGUCCACUUCCCACCUACAUUGGGUUGUCGUCGUCUUUGGAGAGAAGAGCCAAAAUUAGGGUGAGUGGGAUAUAAAUAUAUAUUCUAAGUUGUAGUUUUUUUAAGAUUUUUUUCUUUUUUUUUAUUUAAUUUUUCACCCAUAGACAUGAGAGAGGAAAACAGAGGGUGGGAGAAUGGAAAAAAGUGUUUACAGGGCUAACUGUAGUUUACUAAAAAAUGCAGAAAUUAUUUGACUUCAUGGGGAGUGAGGCAGAAUAGGGAGGCCCAAAGCAAGUCCUAAUAUUUUAAAGGAGUUGCAGCCCUGCACAGGCAUUAGAUAUUAGGGCACUGUUCUGUCUGGUGUUGUAGCCAUCACAAGAACAAAUCAACAGCAACCAAAAAAAAACCCAAUAAAUUUUAAAAAUUUAA